CGACAACCGACUCUCCCACACCAUGUACAAGCUUGUGAUCCUGAUGUGCGCCGUGGCCGCCGCCCACGCCGGCUACCUGGGAGGCUACGCCGCCCCCGCCGUCACCGUGGCCCACGCCCCCGUGGCCGUGGCGCCCGCCGCCUCCUCGUACGCCAACACGUACCGCGUGUCGCAGACCGCCCGCCUCCUGGCCGCCCCCGCCGUCGCCGCCGCCCCCGUGGCCUACGCCGCCCCCGCCAUCCACGCACCAGUAGCCUACGCUGCACCUGCUGUCGCUGCUCCGAUUCUCAAAUAUCACUAAAAUCUAUCUUGUGUCUUGUCGACAAUAAA